CCAACUUACCCUACACGUCAUUAGUCAAUUCGCACUGCCUUACCAUUGCCAAUAUACAAGAAUGCCUCCUACGCUUGAACCUUGCUUGCUAGUUCAAGUUCCAGACAAACCCGGGAACAAAAUUGCCGAGGAGCGUCGGAUUCAUCUAGUAGCACAUAUGACGGCGAAUAAAACUCAGAUUGACUUGGGUCGCUUGGUCAUGGCUGGCCCGACAGUUGAGACGGUGUCUUCGGGAUCUGACCCAGCUCCCCCAACUAUCACCGGUAGUGUCAUGGUUUGGAAGAGCCACAGUGAAAGUGAAGUCAGAGGGUGGCUGGACGAGAACCCUUACGCGAUAAUGGAGGUUUGGGAUAUGGAAUCUGUAAAAUUUACACCAUUUCUAUGUGCAGUUAGGAAGCCCAUGUAAUAGGUUUUAUAGAGAG